ACAUAUUAAGAUCAAAACUGAAAUCACGAAUAUGCGAGUGAAUGUGAAAGCAGUAUAAAAAAUUUUGAAAUAUGUGCUUCAGUAUAUUUAUUGAAAAUGAAUAUUUGGGUAUUAAACUAGUGUUUAAAAUCAUUUUUUCCGAACAAAUAUUAUCUUUUGUGCUUUAAAACUGUGUAAAAUUCGGUUUAAUGCCAUUUUUGAACACUUUACCAUAUUUUCUACUCAGUUAAAAAGUCUUGAAAUGUCGUGCAAAUGAGAUACUUUUAUCAGAUUUGUUGAUGAAAAACACCUUAUUUCUUGAAUUAAUGUAAGCACAAUGACGUCAAAGAUAUGUGAAAAAGAUUCCAAAGCUUGCUGCAAAACAAUAAAACACUAAUGUAUAUUUUUUAUUUAUAAAACACAAAGGAUAGUAACAAUCGUUAUAAUCUCCAAAAAUUGUGUUCUCGUUUUGGGUAAUAAAGUUUUCUAAAUGACAACAAACUCCAUAUCCGAUUUAACAUCUCGUUUAGCUCUCGCACUCGAUUCAAAUUAUGAUGUUGUCAACAUGGAUAUCGUUCUAUCGGUUAUAUCGACUUUGGAAAUCACAACGAUUACAAAAGAACAAUUGGAAGCCACCAGAUUAGCUAAAUAUAUAAAUUCUUUACGCCGUCGUACUAAUUGUGACCAACUAGCACGUCGAGCCAAGUUGCUUUUAAAGAAAUGGCGUGAAAUGGUUGGUUUACAACAACAACAGCAACAACAGCAGCAGCAGCAACAACAACAAUAUGCCAUUCCUAGUAAGAUUUUAAAUAUUUUUCCUGAUAACAGAAUUGAACAUCCGAAUCAAAAUUCUCAAUCAUCCUCUUCUAUGGUGGAUUUGGUAACAGAAAACUCGCGAAAUAUGAAACCUAAACCUCAAACGUGUACAUUACAAGUUCCAGAUGGAAUUGGACCAAAUAUACAUCCCACAAAUAGCUAUUUGUUAAGUAGUAGUGCCAAUAAUAAAAGCGUUCGUAGUAAUAAUAAUGUUUAUAACACUAAAACACAAAAACAAAAAGGAAGUAGGAGUUUACAGACAAAUACGAAGCAGCCUACGAGUUUUGCUAAUUUAUUAACUGAUAUAUAUAAUGAUAAUACGGCCGUUCCGUAUUCUACUUCAUUAAAAACUAAAAAAAUUUCAGCUAUUGAUAGUUAUAACGUUGAUCAAUCCUCUAAUUCAAAUUCAAUUACAAAUGGUUGCAAUUUGAAUUCUGUACCAAUUGUUAUAAAUAUACAAGAUUCAAAUUCAGGUUCAAAUCCAAUAGAUGGAAUGCAUUUCACUGAGCAAACAGAACACAGAAUACAAUCGGUUCAAGAAGCUACAAAUGAUAAUAGAAGUAGUAAAAAUUCUCGUAGUACCAUUGGUUCUUCAAUAAAACAAAAGAAAUCUAAAAGAGAAAAAAAAGACAGAAGAAGAGAUCAACGAGCAACUAUAAAUGAAAAUUCUGUGACAAAUAUAACGCUGAUUACGGAUAAUCAUGAUACGACUAAUUUCAAUUCUCAAAGCGUCCAACCAGAAAUUAAGAUAAAGAAGUUUGUACCUGUAAUUGAGGAAAAAUCACACAUGAAUGAUCCACCGUCAAAUAUAUCAGAAAUACUUUCUUUAUCCAAUAGUUCAAUGGGAUCAAUGUUUUCUGCUGAGGAACGUAACAAAUCUCAGCGCGGGUCUGCAAUAACAUCUUGUAAUUCAUUAACAACUGAUUUGACAUUCGCUGGAAAAUUUAAAAAACAAAUUACUCCAUUGUCACCCACAUUUAACACGACACUUUCGAAACCAUUUGAUGUCAAUAUGUAUAAUGAUUGUAGAGAUGUGAAAACUUUAAAUAUUCCUGUGGAUUUAGAACGUCAAAAGUUAAACUAUAAUAAAUUUGUUCCAUUCAGAAGAAGUGAAAGCAAUUCGAAUGACAGUACUAAUCCAACUAGUCUAGUUUCACCAAGCGAAGUUAUCGAUGUUAAGAGCCAAGAAAAAAUUAAUAUACCAAAAAAGGAAUGCAAUACAUAUAAUGAAAACGCAGCAACUACUAAUCAACUAAAGAGUUAUUUAGAAGAUUUUUCGAAACCUAAAUUGAUCAAUUCUAAACAAAUACCAGACACCACUGAAGUAAUAGUUUCUAUACCGGAGAAUAAGACACCAAAAAAGCGUGGACGUAAAAAAGGUUCAAAAGGCGUUGAUUCUGUAAUUGCAAAAGAAACAAGUCUUUCAUCACAAAUGCUUAUUAGUACAUUUAGUGGUAGUAAAAAAGUGAAAACCACAAAAGAGCUUUAUGCUGAAAUGCAAAAAAAUCGGAAACUUAAUGCUUCUUGUAACUUUUCUCCUCAGCCACAACAGCUGACUUCAUUAUCUCGUCCAACUUCUUCUUGCUCAGAAUUUUCCAUGAACUCUUUCCGCACUCUGGAUGAAGGAAGUAAUAAUGACCACCAAAAAUUAACACCAGAAAAUGGUUUGAGCAAUUGUAAUCCAGAUUUCGUUUACACUGAUGGAAGCGACACAUUAACUACUGAUCAGUCACAAGAUAGCGUUCCACCAAUAAAUGAAACUUCUAACUUUCGAUAUUCUGGCGAAAGUAAUACCAAUACUCAACUAAAUUGUUCAGGAGAAGAAACAAAAUGUAAAAAUAAAUCUCUUAGUGAAAUUAAAAAAGAGUUACAUGAAUUAUUAAACCAAUUACCACCUCGAUUAUCAAUUUAUGAAAUUGAGCAGCAAAGUGCUGCAGAUAAAAUAUUUUGUACAUGUCAAGUGGAAGAAAUUGUUCCAGAAGGCAAUUCUCAAAUCAAAACUAAUUGUGAUGUUGACACAUUACAUAAUUCUGCUGACAAUGUCGCUUUUAAAAAAAUUGAAAACAGAGAGUAUAAUGCUCAAAAGUCAAAGAAAGGUUCGAAUGGAAAAACUGUGAAUAGUUCAAAUGAUUGUGAAUUGAUCGCAAAUAAUAAGUCUAAUGAUCUAAAGCCCAAAAAAUCUAUAUUUGAUUUAGAUUAUGAUGAUGACGAAGAUCCUUUGCAAACAAUAAAAAAGGAAACAACUACUUUCGAUUUAGUUAAGAAAGAAAGCGAUGAUGCAACAUUUGAAGACUUACAAAAUAUAUCAAAUCAAGUGACUGAUCAAAUUAUAGAAAAUUGUGACGAUGUCUCUGUGCAUGAGUUACAUAAUGAAACUUUCACACAAAACAUCUAUAAAAUAUUCGAAGAUCCUGAAUGCAAAGCGAAAAAUCGUUUUGAGAUACAAACACAAAAAGUGACAGAGUUUCAUAUAAAUGCUUUGCAUAAUUGUUAUAUAGCAAAUAUCAAUGGAAAUUGGGAUAAUGCAGAUGUGUCGAUUGACAAGGUGGAUAUACCAUCGUUACAAAGUGUUACAUCACAAAAAUUCAAUGACAUUAGCACAGAGAAUGUUAUAAACGUAGUGCCCAAAUAUGGUGCGUUGAUUAAUGAUCCAAUACCUAAAAAUUUAAGUAAUAUAAUAUUUUGUAAAAAUCUUGAAUCAAUUCAACCCACAUCGUUUAUUAAAAAUGCCCCGAAAAUAAAUAAGCCAUUUCUUGGAAUUGCAAGUACAUUUCGUUCCAAACUAACUCAAAAUAUAAAAAGGAAACUGAAAAAAAACAUAGGACACAAUUUUAAUAAAAACGUUUUAAUUGAAGACGUCGAUCCAAACAAAAAGACUGAUGAAGUGGGUAAUCAAAUUAUCGAUUCGCACUCAAAUAGUGUUUCAAAUAUUUUAAACAGUUCGAAAAUUCAUGAAAUAGGCAUUGAGCAUCAAAAAGAAGGGAAUAUAUCAACUGACGUCAAGAAUUUUGAAGGGGAUAUAUCAUGUGGACAAAGUUCGCCACUUUUUGGUAAUAACCCUAAUGUUUCUCCCCAACAUAAUCAAUUUAACAUAUCUUCAAUGGAUAUUAACGUGCCAACUAUAAACAGUAAACUAGAAAGUAAUCAAAAUUGUGGCAAAGAUCAUAUAAUAAGUUCAAUUUCAUCUAGUCGUCGGAGUAGUAGUUGCAGUAACUCUAGUUUGAAACAAACACAGCAAUUAAUCAAUUUGAAAUUAAAACGUCGAUUUAAACGUAUUCUCCAAGAUCAGAAGCAAUAUCACCCAAACUUUGACUGCAAAAGUUCACCGGACACAAUUAAACGAAAAAGAAAGAAAAAAGUGAAAUCAGGAUCUAAUAUUAAAGCAAUUCAAUUAGAAGACAAUAGACCACAUAUUAAACGUAUAAAAAUUGCAGUUAAUGGUAAUAUAAUAACAGAGAAACAGAUUAAAGUCGAAACAAGUAAUAACAAUGUCAAUGACGAAGGAGUUGAUUGUGUUAGUGAUUAUGGAGUUGAAACUAAAAACAAUCUUGAUUUAAGACUAAGCGAAAACAAUUUCGAUAGUUCCCAAAAGCCAUUCCAAUAUGAUAGCGAUACAUGUCAAAGCGAUGAUGUUAAUACUUCACUUGACAAUCAUAUUUUAAUCUGUAAAAAUGAAAGUGAUGAGUUUAGCAAUUAUGUAACUGUCAUUGAAAAUAAUGAUGAAGGUUCAAGAAGUUGUGGAAGUGCAGAAAUGGAAUUUAACCAUCAUAUGUCCUCAACCACAACAAUUGGUGAUAAUCAUAUUGUUUUGACUAUUAAAAAAAAUCCAAGUGAAGUGAAUUUAGCAAGUAACGCAGUGGUACCAAUCGAGAUAACAGAUAACAAUCCAACUGAAUUACAAUUUAAGAAAGAAAGGAAAAUACAUCCCGCAUACGACCAUAAUACAAACCAGUAUGCAAAUAUAACUACACAUUUAAUAGAUAAUUCUAGCAAGAAAAAUGUUGGAGUAAAUUUUAAAGAUGAAAAUUUGUUACAGGAAUUGAGCUUAAGACGAAAAUCAAAAAUGAGAAUUAAAUGCUUAAGAACUGGUUCCAAACGUUUAACUCAAAAUGUUUUUAAAGAUAAAAAGCAUCAUCAAUUAUUCCACCCUUUUGAAUUAUACGAAUGCGAUAGCAAUGGUGAGUUGUCAAAAAUACUUAAUAUAAGUAGUUGCAGUUCCAGCUGUGCUGAAGAAAUUGAUAGUGACGUUGAACAAUUAUAUGCAGCAAAAAAAAAUAAUGUGGAAAAUAAUGCAAUAUUGGAAACUGAAUCGGAUUCGAAAUCUAUUACAGAAUCUCUCAUUGAUUCAGAUGUAACAGUAACAGACACUGAUGAAGAUAUACGUUUUUUAAAUACGAGAACUAAAAAAAAUAAAGGAAUUAAAUGCAAAUAUGUGGAUGAAUGUAAAUUAGUUUGUGCAAGUGGUUCACAAAAUACAACAAGUGCAAUCCAAGAGAAUAUGAACUCUGAACUGCCAGUUGAAAACAAUGGACUUCUGUCAACAUUUAAUAAUAUUUAUUAUAACGAUACAGGAGAGAAAACUGUUGAUGCUUUAAAUGUAGAGAAUGAGCUCGAUAUUAAAAAUAGUCAAUCGAUUAUUUUACAAGAAACACAACUUCAAAAAAAGCUGAAACAGCUUCAACCUCCAAAUGAAUAUUGUGAUGUUUUAAAUAAAAAUUUAUAUAACAAUAAUAAUCAUUUAAGUGAAUAUAAUUGUAAUAAUAGAAAUAAUAGUAUAGAUAGUUUAAGUGUAAAGUAUAAUAUUGAUUAUAAGAAUUGUAAAAAUAAGCUUAAUGUAAGUAACAAUAUAGUUAAUAGCAGUAGUAAUAAUGAUUUUCACUUAAGUUAUAGUAAUCAAAAUAAAAUAAAUGCAGAAAACCAGCAAAAGUUCAAUACACAACGAUUACAGCCAUACAAAGAAUAUUAUACAGGAAUUCGGGCUGUAGAUGAAGAUGUAAAUGAUGAACUAGGUAACAAUUGUGCACGCUUUCAGCAAUUUAAGGAAUGGCAUGAAGUGUGCCAAUUGCGUUCAUAUAACGAUGAAUUGUUAACUGUUUUACCAUAUGUGGUUCUGGAAUAAUUCUUAUUGGUUUUUGUUUAAGUACUUUAUUAUCUUAGUUAUGAAAAUAAAUAUAAUCACUGUUUA